AUGCCACCCAAAGCUGACUGGGAGAAAUACGAGAAGAAAGCUGAUGAUAAGGCUGACGAGAAAAUAGUCGCGCUUGAUGACAGCGACAUUCAGAUUCUCAAGACUUACGGCCAAGGACCGUAUGCUGCCAAACUGAAGAAUGCGGACCAAGAUAUCAAGGACAUACAGAAGCGGAUUAAUGAGAAACUGGGCGUUAAGGAAUCGGACACGGGGUUGGCUUCUCCCAAUUUGUGGGACCUAGCAGCUGAUAGACAACGAAUGGGGGAGGAACAUCCCCUUCAAGUGGCCCGUUGCACGAAGAUUAUUCCGAAGGACCCAAAACUCGCUGAAGCGGCACAGGCAGUGAAUGCGGCAGGGGCCCUCCAAGGCCAAAAGGGAGCAGACGAGCAGGACAAGUAUGUCAUCAACAUCAAGCAAAUAGCAAAAUUUGUUGUUGGACUGGGCGAUCGUGUCGCUGCGACUGACAUCGAAGAAGGCAUGCGUGUUGGUGUUGAUCGUACCAAGUAUCAAAUUCAAAUACCUCUACCGCCCAAGAUCGAUGCUUCCGUAACCAUGAUGCAGGUGGAGGAGAAACCGGAUGUCACAUAUUCAGAUGUCGGCGGGUGUAAAGAGCAAAUCGAGAAGCUCAGAGAGGUGGUGGAAACACCAUUGCUUUCGCCCGAACGGUUUGUGAAACUCGGCAUUGACCCACCGAAAGGUGUCCUUCUGUUUGGACCUCCGGGAACGGGCAAGACGUUGUGCGCCCGGGCCGUAGCGAAUCGAACAGAUGCUACUUUCAUCCGAGUCAUUGGCUCUGAGUUGGUUCAAAAGUAUGUUGGUGAAGGUGCACGAAUGGUUCGAGAACUUUUCGAGAUGGCACGGAGUAAGAAGGCCUGUAUCAUUUUCUUCGAUGAAGUCGAUGCUAUCGGCGGAGCCCGAUUUGACGACGGUGCUGGAGGAGAUAACGAGGUGCAGAGAACUAUGUUGGAGUUGAUCAAUCAAUUAGACGGCUUCGAUCCGAGAGGAAAUAUCAAAGUCCUUAUGGCCACUAAUCGACCUGAUACCCUUGAUCCCGCCCUUCUACGCCCCGGUCGCCUUGAUCGUCGGGUGGAAUUCUCACUGCCAGACAACGAAGGACGUGCUCAUAUUCUUCGAAUACACGCUCGGAGUAUGAGUGUUGAGAGAGAUAUUCGUUUCGACCUAAUUGCGAGACUGUGCCCGAAUACGACCGGUGCGGAACUGCGUUCCGUUGCCACCGAGGCUGGCAUGUUUGCAAUCCGUGCACGGAGAAAAGUCGCCUCAGAGCGUGAUUUCUUGGAUGCCGUUGAAAAGGUUGUCCGGCAGGGUACCAAGUUUUCGAGCACCUUCUCGAACCUCGGUGUCGAGUCUGCCGUCCUUGAUGCAAAAGGACCUAUAAACCUCACUCAACUAUUGUCCUUUGGGUUUCCUGUUACAGAAAAUUCAGUCCUCGCCUCCGUGUCUUAUGCCCUCUCUGAACUUCCCCGAAGACUGGCAACGCGCGUUCGUUCACUAGAAGCCCUCCCCUUCAUAGUUGGGACCAACCCUUAUGUGGUGAAGACGUUGGAUGCAUAUCGGAAGAGCUUUGAAUGGCUCGCCACACACACCCCAGUCACGAAUCUUGAAGAGAACACCAAGUUUGUCGAACAACUGGCUGCUCUUGUCCAGCGUCAUGCGAAUGAUGUACCAACAAUGGCGAAAGGGUUUCAGGAGUGUUCUCGGUACAUGUCUCCAACCCAGAUCAGCGACUUCCUGGACGGUGCAAUUCGCAACCGCAUUUCGGUGCGACUCAUUGCAGAACAACAUAUCGCCGUUUCUCAGGCUCUCAACUAUCCAAAUACGCCUGCUGCGUAUGUAGGUAUAGUCGACAUGAACUGCUCCCCGAAAUCCAUGAUCAAAAUGUGUGGUUCUUUCGUCACUGACUUGUGCGAAGCAACCUUGGGAGCAACUCCAGCUAUCUUAAUUGACGGAUGUACCGAGACGACUUUCCCUUAUGUCCCUGUGCACCUGGAAUACAUCCUAACCGAAGUUCUCAAGAACUCUUUCCGAGCGACAGUAGAGCACCACUAUAAGCAGCGUUGGUCACCAGUAUCCUUGCCACCCGUGACAAUCACGAUUUCUCCGCGAUCUCGCUCAGUGGAUAGUUCUGGCAAGGUAUCGACGUAUCUUUCUCUCCGCAUUCGCGACCAAGGCGGCGGCGUCCUCCCAUCAAAUAUGGCACGGAUAUUUUCUUAUGCAUUUACCACGGCUGGACGGGGUGCUGAAGGUAGCUCUGAAGACGGUGGUGGCCGGUACGCUGCUCUGCAUAUCGGAGGUAGCGCAGCUGUCAGUGGUGAAAAUGAUUCUGGCGAGGCAAACCUAUUUGGCGAGAUUGCUGGCAAAGGUCUCCAAGUAGGAAUUGGCACAAUAGCAGGCCUUGGGUAUGGACUCCCAAUGAGUCGGCUUUACGCUCGGUAA